AUGCAGAGCCCAGGAGCACCUGAUGGUAGAUGGGCGGAGGAGAAGCAGCUCUUAGGUGCUCCUGGGCGAGGGAUCGUGGCCGAGAAGGAGUGGUUGAGGAGAUCGUGGCGAGAACGGAACGGAGGGAGUAGUAUUACUGCCUGUAUAUUUCCAACUUUAACUCGUUUCCAAAACGAGCACGAUUCCGUUCUGAAAUUGUCGAGGAUCUUCUUCGUGCUGCUGCUGCUGCUCGUGUUCACGGCCGUUCAAUCUGCAGCAGGUCGGCAAGGAAAAAGAUACAGCGUCAUGGAUUUCCAUGCUGCCGGGGAUGGCAGCACCGAUGAUGCAAAGGCGUUCGCGGCGACAUGGAACGCAACUUGCCGUGACACCAGCUCGCCGACCAUGGUCAUCCCUGGAGGAAGGACGUUCUUGUUAAGCCAGAUCAGGUUGAAUGGACCCUGCAAGUCGCCUGUCACCGUGCAGCUGGACGGGAACAUCGUGGCGCCAAACGCCAUCUGGACGACGACAGCAGCGAACCUCCUUACCUUCUACCGCGUCAACAACCUGACGGUGAACGGGAGUGGCCAGAUGGACGGCAAUGGCGCCAUCUGGUGGACUUGCUUCAACAAGAAGAAAUGUCGUGUCCGGCCAAUUCUGCUAGCAUUCGCAAGCUGCAACAACCUAUCCGUGAAGAACAUACACCUGAAGGACAGCCCAGACAAGCACAUGACCUUGUUCCGGUGCAGCCAGGUGCAGGUGAACAACGUCUCCGUCAGGGCGCCAGGCAAAAGCCCUAACACGGACGGGAUCACCAUGUCCUUAUCCGACCACGUUUAUAUCUCGAAUUGCUCUUUCAAAACCGGUGACGACUGCGUGUCGAUUCUAUCAGGGACCAGUGAUGUUAAUAUCACCAACAGCGCGUGUGGGCCUGGUCAUGGCAUCAGUGUGGGAAGCCUUGGAGGCAACAAUACGACAGCACUUGUGGAAAGGAUUACAGUAUCCAACUGCAGCUUUUCUAAAACUAUGACUGGUGUUAGGAUCAAAUCGUGGCAGGGUGGCAGUGGCAAAGCAAAUGGUUUCCUUUUUGAGAACCUCAACAUGACUGAUGUCCAAUAUCCUAUUGACAUUGACCAGUUCUAUUGUCCCCCGGGAAAUUGUCCGCCACAGGAUAGCGCUGUGGCCAUAUCUGACGCCAGGUUCAUCAACAUCCACGGGACAUCCUCCAACCCCAAAGCCAUCCGGAUUCUGUGCAGCCAGAGUGUGCAGUGUCGCGGCAUCUAUCUUGACAACAUUAACCUCUCCUGCUCUCGGCAUACCGCCCGAACACGAGCCACUAUUUCAAAUGCCUACGGAACCAUUGAGGGCACGGUGAAACCACAUGUACAGUUCCUAGGCGCUUGAUAAAGAGUACUCUCCGCUGUUUAACACACAUAACAAGUCUAGAUAGGUAGACGAAGGAGCAGCACAAUGCUACUGUAGGUAGAUGAGUGCCAUGUAAGGAGUAGAGUACCCGCUGAAAUUAGAUUGAUUCUUCUAUUGAUGCUUGGUGCUAUCUCA